AGAUUCCAAGAGAGGAGAGAGAGAGAGAGAGAGAGAGAGAGAGAGAGAGAGUGGGAGAGAGGGGUGCCGCGUUACAUUGCAAAUUCUUUGCAAAGAUGGGGGACGACAAACCUUUUGUGUGCAGUGCUCCCGGCUGUGGGCAGAGGUUUACUAAUGAGGACCACCUGGCUGUCCACAAGCACAAACACGAAAUGACACUCAAAUUUGGACCCCCCAGGACAGACUCUGUCAUCAUCGCAGACCAGACGCCGACUCCCACUCGUUUCCUGAAAAACUGUGAAGAAGUAGGCCUGUUCAAUGAGCUGGCUAACUCGUUCGAGCACGAGUUCCCUAAAGCCCAGGAAGACGAGGACAAGAGGGCCAAGAACCCGUUGCCUGCUCCUAAUUCAGGGGCAUUAAACAUGAGUUUACAGAUGCCCUCAGAUGUUAAGGUGAAGGAAGAGGACCUUGUGGAGGUGGAUUCGUCUUCGCCUGCCAGUCCGGACUCCAUCUCCAGCAUGUCAGAUAGCAACAUAAAAUCCGAUGGCAGAGGAGAGGAUUCUCCCCCUAAGCCGGCAGUCAGUUCGGCUCCCACCCCUACCAUAGUGCGUCCUGGUUCUCUCCCCCUGCACUUGGGUUAUGAUGGCCUGCAUCCCACCAUGCCCUCCCCUACCUCCGUCAUCACACACACCCCACCAUCCAACCGCACACUGGGGUCUCCCACUGGGCCGUACCCAAUGAUGAUGCUUCCAAAUGGUCAUACAGUUCCUGUUCUACCAGGUUCUGUACAGAUGCCCUCUGUAAUAUCUUUGGUAAGGCCUCUGUGUAUGGUGCCCAACAUUCCAGGAAUCCCAGGCCCUCCACUAGGGGGCAGCAGUAGUGGAUCAUCCUCACCAUGUGGUUAUAACCCCCACCAUGAGGCCAAGAUGAGGUUGAAAGCAGCAUUAUCUCAGCAGAUGUCUGCAGCUCAGGGUUGUUUUGGUGUGGCAAUGGGUUCAAGUGCGAUGGUGCCACAGAGGAUGGAACAAAGCCAGCUACUGGUCCAGCAUCCAGAUGCCCCAUCCCCAGCCCAGCCACAGGUGUCCCCCGCUCAGCCAACUGGGGGUCGCAGGCGGAGGACAACAGAUGACGACCCUGAUGAGAGGAGGCAGCGCUUCCUUGAGCGGAACCGGGCAGCUGCAUCCCGCUGCAGACAGAAGCGCAAGGUGUGGGUCAACUCUCUGGAGAAGAAGGCAGAUGAGCUCACCUCCAUGAACGUCUCACUGUCGAAUGAGGUGUCUCAUUUACGAAAUGAAGUUGCUCAUCUGAAGCAGCUGCUGUUAGCCCAUAAAGACUGUCCCGUCACCAACCUGCAGAAGAAAGCCGCCUAUAUGGGAGAGGAGCACAUGAAAGAGACGUCUGAGCCUACAGGCUCCCCAGCGCCUGUCAUACAGCAUAGCUCUCUGGCCCCCAGCCCCUCGUCUGCAGUUGGCCGCAACGGUUUGAGCUCCCGCGCAGCAGCUGAGGCCGUAGCCAUGUCGGUGCUGGCAGGAAUGGGUAGCCAGCGAGGGGAGAGAGGUGGGCCAUCACAUGUCAUCAUGGCCACACAGUCCCACUCUUCCAGCAGAUGAUGAGAACGUCUAACAGCCUGCCUGGGACACUCCGCAUCCCGGAAGAGGGACAGAUCUACGGCAGAAGGGGUUGAUGAACUCACCUCUUCCUUCUCUUUAGUCUGGUUCUCUCUCACGCCAUCAUACUCUGGCCUGGAGCUCAGCUGCAUUCUGGAAAUGAACUGGGACUAUAUACAGAUUGUUGUUCAUUUUGCCAUAGACUACGGGGGCUGGACUCCAUCUCAUGCUCCUCCUUUAAACUUCCUCUCCUCGCCCUGCCAUUGUCCCUGACCUCCACUGGCUGUAGGACUGCAAAGCACUUCCUGUCAUUAAAUGUACCCCCAUAGACUUUAUGCACAUACACACGCUGCAAUGAAGACAUCUCCUGGAAUGUGAUCAGGGAUUCAAUUAAAAUGUAAAUUAAAAUUCUUUCAUAAUUUACUCACCACCAGAUGUUAGGUAGAAUGUUAGUCCUCAGUCGCUAUUUACAUUCAAUGUAUGAAAAAUUAAACUAAAUGUUGACUAAGGCUUACCUUUGCGUUCUACGUAAGUAACAAAGUCAUACUUGUUUGGAACGCCAUGAGGGUGAGUAAAUGUUGACUGAAUUUUCAUAUUUGGAUGAACUAUCCCUUUAAGUGAGAGAAUGCAACACAGAACACUUGGUGCAAGUGUACAUGUGCUGUAUCGCACAUUAAUUAACUUCCAUGAUGUGUUUCAUGGUUGCAAUAAUGCAAUACUUUAUAUAUAUUCUUAUAUAUAUGUAUUUGUAUGUGCAUGUAUUUGAGAGGGAAAAAUUAUGCUUUAAAGUUCUGUGUAGUCUCUACUUUAGUUCCUUUCUAUUUUAGAGCAGAUCUUUUUGUUUUUGUUUUCAGGUUGCCACCCCCUGUUCUGUCCCUCGUUGAAAUCUUACCUCAUUUUUAACCUGUUAUAUACACUUAUAAUCGACGUGUGCAUGUGUGCUUCUUGUGUAAGUGUACAGUAAUGUACAAUGGAAAAUUGCAGUUUGUGAAAGACUGAUACACUAAGACUGCCUUGUUAUCAUACAACCUAUUGCUAUAUGUAAACUAUUGUAUUGGCACAUUGCGUUAAUUUUGGGCUAUAGAACCUGAUAGUUGUUGUUUUUUGAUAAUUUCUUUGUUUUCUUGUAACCGUGUACGGCAAACUCAGAAACUGCAAAAAACAGACUGACUAAGGUCAUGAUUGAAGAUCGAUUGUAAUCUGGACCCUUGUGUCUGGUCUAGUGUCUUGAGAAAUCAGUUUUCCAUAUUUCCACUGUCCAUUUAUGCAAUUUCUUCCCCUAUGAAGUGAUCACAAUGCUUAGUUUAACCUUAGUUUGAGUAAAGUUAGACCAUAAGUAAUUGAGGCUUCUAAAGUAAUCUUAGACUUUUUUUGCCUUAUUAUUUUCUACUUUUAGUCAUUUUAUAGCUUUAAUCAUUCAUCAGAUUAAACCCUGCUGCUGUGUUUUCCACUCAAUUCACAGAAAAACAGCCUAGUGCCUCUGUGUCCGUGUGCACCCUCCCAUUCAGCCACCUUCAUUUUCACUUACUGAUAAAGUUGAUAUGAGGAUGGUCUGUAACACUAUUUAUUUCUCUGGCUGUUUAUCCAUACAAACACACUCACAAAUACAUUAAGCCCUGAUAAAGAUUUAGAAAAGACAAGGAUUCAGCCUUACAAAUCACAUGAGUGCCUCUAGUGCUUUCUUGGUUACCCUCACUGUGUUUUACGUGCCCAUGCGAUUGACUCAGGCAUAUAUCAGGAAAAGCGAAAAGCUUUAUAUCCCUAUCAUCAGGCGUAGGGGAAUUAAUUAACAAUGCCUUUUAAUAGCCUGCAGUGAGAGAAUACUCCCUUUUAUUUUAUUCAUAGUCUAUACUUCCACCUAGAUGUAAUAGGGUGUUAUUACAUCUAACCAGUAAGGCUACAAGGAACAAUGAGUGUCCAAUUCUACUGUUGUUUGAAUGGUUAACUGAAUUAAGAUGUAUGUCCAAACAUGUGGUCUUUUUACACAUUAUCAAACACUUUUACAAAUUUAGGCAGCAUUUAAACAAGGGACUAAGAUGUACUGUUGUUGCUCAAUGUAACUUGAAUUUCUUUUGUCAUUUAUAUUAUAUGCAGUAUGUAAUACUGCAUUAAUAAGAUGUCAGCCUGUCAAAUUGCACUAAAAAAUACGCUUUGAAUUUACUAUUUCUGUUGUCGGAUUCUCUUUCAAGCAACGUCUGUGCAUAUGCAGUCUGUAAACAUAUCAAAGACCCCACAGUUGCCACUGUUGUCUCACAAAUGACUCCUAGUUUCAGUGUUGAACCUGGCUUUUUGUGUUCUAUUAUGUGCUGGCACCAUAUAGAGGAUUGUUGAUCUGAAAUAAGCAGAAAAGAGAAUUUUUAGCUUUCACUGGCACUUUUUUCUAGAUUUUGUUAUUAUCUAGAUUUUAUGCUGCCAGUAUUAUACAAAUACCUAUUGUAAUAAAAUGCCUCUUUAACUUGUUUAUGUCAUUAUACAGAAAGGUUUAAAUUCAUUUGUAGACUUGUUCUUUUUUCUUCUUCUUUUAACACAUUGUAUUCAAAUAUUUGUAGCUAUUUUUAAAGAAUAAUAAGAAUGCCUUGAGAUGAACCCUGUCUGCCCCCUCUCACUGAUAAUCACUAUAAAGUCUCAUCAUCUUGGUGGACUUAAUGAUCCACAAUUCCAACUUAAUGCACAAUUAAUUUAAUAUGGAAUUAGUCAAAUUGAAUGUGGUGUCCCUGAGAUCGUUAGAAUGAACAAAGUUAAAAAGACCUUCAGAAUAGGAUGAUCUUACAGGCUACAGGAAAAAAAAAAAAAAGAUUUUGAAAGAAGUUAUUUUAAGUGUAUGUCUUUUGUACUGGAAAUAACCUCACUCCGAGUUGGACUGAUAGUUUUUGGAAUUGUCCUUGUAAUGUACAUAUAUACCAUAUAUAUUUACUAUUUUACAUGCAUGUUGAAGUGAAAUACUCUGAACACAGUGCUGCAGUUUUGAUUAAAGAAAAGUAACCAAAAAAAUGUUUCUGAUCUUAUUUAGGUACCAUGAAAGAUUAUCCAUAUUUAAAGUGUUUAAUGUGCUGCUCAAUUUGAUGUCAUGGUUCAUUUCAAACGUUCUCCCAGACUGCCCAGGAAACCCUAAUAUAAAUACGCUACAUUUUAAAAU